ACCAGGACCGGUUGGAAGCCUGUCACAAGCGAUACACCUCUGAAAAGGAGGCUCUAUUGUCUGCUGCUAAUCUCGAGCGAAUAAACACCUCGACCCAGAGUGACUACGCCUGCGAGUUCUUGCAAACUGUCAUCUACGACAUGAACUCACGCAACAAGUCACAGCACAAGGCCUGCACAUCAAGUGCUACAGCAAAGCAAGAUGAAUUACGCAACCAGAUGCAAAGUGAGAUAGAGAAGGUGGAAGAGCAGGGAAGUCUACAGAUAGAAGAGGUGUGGCACAGUAUACAGCAGGUAUUGAAGGACUAUGUGACUGACACUGCGCCCAACCGACCUCACUACAACGCUUUGCGUGCCAAGGAUAAGGCCAACACUGAGCAACUGCUUCGCCACUGUGAUACUGUCAACAAGUAUUCGGACUUAAUAGUGGAUCUGAAGCAACAGUUGGCUCUGAUGCAUUGCACCCAUACAGUAAAACUGAAGGAGUUGAGGGAGGAGCAGAGCGAGUUCUUAGCGCAGUUCGACAGGAUGAGACACAGUAUCAACCACAACCAGGCGAGAGAUGAAUCCAAACUGACUACGCUAGCUGUAGUCAGCAGUGAAGUCAUCAAGGAAUUGACAAAACUUGCCCAGAGAGGAGAAUCAAUACUGCAAAUGGCAUCAACUUGUCAAAAAUUUCUUUCUGAAAAAGAAAAGCUCAAAAACUACAGUGCAGUUAUGAGAAAUGAAGAUAAGACUGAGGAUGAUGAAACACCACUGAAAGAAAUGGACAACUUCUGGCAACAGUAUAAUGAGGUUGUGCUGGAGUGUAGGGAGUUGUCUGCAGAAAAAGAUGCUUUGUCUACGGAGAACAAACAGUUGCGGAAAAUUCUACGUCACUACCUCAACACUCUUGUUCGGCCAACCACAGUACCCAGAGCCAUGGCUUGAAUACAGACAAGCAAAAUCUCAGUGGGACAUUAUUUAAUUUUAUUUAUGUUAG